AUGGCCAAGUUUGGUCGAGACAAACUGAUCCGGAACCUCACCGCGGUAAGGAAAUCUGGAUCGGGGCGUUUCAAUUUGAUGGCUAGGGGUAAUCGUAGUACGAGAAAGAAUGCGAGGGAAACUGGUGAGAAUGCCGAAGGUACGGCAAAGAAUGUGGCUGGGGACCAUGAGGAAGUUUUAAAUGUUGAGAAUGCUGCGAAUGUGAACGUGGCAGCAGCUGCUGACUGCCGGCUGCUGCACCUGCUCAAUUGGUGCCACCGCCUGUUGUGA